CCCUUCUCACCCACGCCAAGCCAGAUACGGCAGACAGCACCCAAGGCACCAUGGGAGAUGUAGUUCCCGCUCUUUGCUAAUCCUAAGGGGAUUUAAAUUCCCCUCCCCCCCCCUUCCUCCUUCUAGCGGCGCGCGCGUUACAGUUGCUUGGACCCUAUCCUUACCCGCAGCUGCGUGUGAGCGCGGGGCGGGUAGGGUUUUGCCUUCGGCUGGGGAAGCGGCGAGAUGGCUACGCUCGCUGCGGGAAAGCUGCGCAAACCAUGCAGGAUGAUUUACUGAUGGACAAAAGCAAAGCCCAGCAGCAGCAGCAGCAGCGGCAGCAAGAUCCAAACGCAGCAGAAGCCCCUUCUACGCCCAUCACGUCAGAGACUCCCAAACCGGAGGAUAGCAGCCAAGUGACUAGCAUCGGUCCAGCACCUUCUGCCCAAAAUAGCAAGGAAAAGAUGCAGAUGGAGUCCCCCAUCCUGCCAGGCUUAAGUUUUCACCAGCCUCAGCAGGAACCUACAGCCGGCACUUCCUUAUCUCCCUCCUUUGGAAGCACCUGGUCUACUGGGACCACAAACACAGUGGAUGAUAGCUUUUUUCAAGGGAUUUCCCCUGUCAAUGGGACAAUGCUUUUCCAGAAUUUCCCUCACCAUGUAAAUCCUGUUUUUGGUGGCACUUUCUCCCCCCAGAUUGGCCUAGCUCAGACUCAGCACCACCAACAGCAAGCCCAGCAGCAGCAAAGGAGAUCGCCAGUCAGCCCUAAUCAGGCAUCUUUUGCCCAGAGAAAUGCUGCUUACAGCCAUCAGCCCAUCAUGACCAGCAAACCUUCCUCCUCCUCAGCCUCCACCUCUUCCCCUUCCAGCUGGAAUAACCACCAAAAUGCGGCCUGGAGUACACCUUCCAAUCCUUGGGGUGGGCUGCAAGCUGGCAGGGACCCUCGAAGGGCAGUGGGUGUGGGUGUUGGUGUAGGAGUGGGAGUUGGCGUACCAUCCCCACUUAAUCCCAUUUCACCUCUUAAGAAGCCCUUCUCUAGCAAUGUCAUUGCCCCACCAAAGUUUCCACGGGCUGCUCCCCUAACCCCUAAAUCCUGGAUGGAAGACAACGCCUUCAGGACGGACAAUGGUAACAAUCUGUUGCCUUUUCAGAUUCUGCAUCAGUGGAGUGAGUUGUGGCAAGAAGACAGAAGUAAAGCACAUCCUGUGGAGGAACAACUUUCUGCACAGACCUGGUGUUUGGUUGCUGUCCAGCUUCUCUGUUAUAUGCAGGACCGGAAUCGGCCCUAUGAUACUUUUAACUUGCACUCUUUGGAAAAUUCAUUAAUGGAUAUAAGGACUGAUCAUGAGCCUCUUAAAGGUAAACACUACCCUCCCAGUGGCCCACCAAUGAGUUUCGCUGAUAUAAUGUGGAAGAAUCAUUUUACAGGUCGUAUGGGUAUCAAUUUUCAUCAUCCAGGAAUAGAUAACAUUAUGGCUCUCAACAGCCGGUCUUCACUCUUUCCUUUUGAAGAUGUCUUCUUAGAUGACAGUCAUGGUGACCAGUCUUUAUCAUCGGGUCUCAGCUCUCCAACCCGCUGUCAAAAUGGUGAAAGAGUGGAACGCUAUUCUAGAAAGGUGUUUGUUGGAGGUCUGCCUCCUGACAUUGAUGAAGAUGAAAUCACUGCCAGCUUUCGUAGGUUUGGACCUCUUGUUGUAGACUGGCCUCACAAAGCUGAAAGCAAGUCAUAUUUUCCACCCAAAGGUUAUGCCUUUCUGCUUUUCCAGGAAGAAAGCUCUGUGCAAGCUCUGAUAGAUGCCUGUUUGGAAGAGGAUGGGAAACUUUAUCUGUGUGUAUCAAGUCCCACUAUCAAGGACAAACCAGUUCAAAUUCGACCUUGGAACUUAAGUGAUAGUGACUUUGUAAUGGAUGGCUCUCAACCUUUAGACCCCAGAAAAACUAUUUUUGUUGGAGGUGUCCCACGACCCCUCCGAGCUGUUGAGCUAGCAAUGAUUAUGGAUCGUUUGUAUGGAGGAGUCUGCUAUGCUGGAAUUGAUACAGACCCAGAGCUGAAAUACCCAAAAGGUGCUGGUAGAGUGGCUUUCUCCAAUCAGCAGAGCUAUAUCGCUGCUAUUAGUGCACGCUUUGUCCAGCUCCAACAUAAUGACAUUGACAAACGGGUGGAAGUGAAGCCAUAUGUGCUUGAUGAUCAGAUGUGUGAUGAAUGCCAGGGCACUCGCUGUGGUGGAAAAUUUGCUCCAUUUUUCUGUGCCAAUGUUACCUGCUUGCAGUAUUACUGCGAAUACUGUUGGGCCAGCAUUCACUCUCGUGCUGGACGAGAGUUCCACAAACCACUCGUGAAGGAAGGAGGAGAUCGGCCACGCCAUGUUCCGUUUCGUUGGAGCUGAAGCCUGGGCCUAAAUCCAGCAGCAAGUACUGGAACUGAAGGGAGAAGAGAGUGCUGCCUCAGGGCUUUAGUGUUCUGGAAAUCUGUGCAUUCAUCCUUGACUUUAAUGAAGAGAUGGGUCUUUUUAUUACGAUUACUAUUAUUAUGAUUAUUAUUAUUUACAGUCACAUUACUGAACUCUGUGUCCAGUAUAAUACAAGCCUAGCAGAGUGUAACUGUACUGAUUUUGCACUUUGAUUCACACAAACAUCUGCUUGGUACCUUAAUUUCUUACACAAAACUUGUUACAUUUGACAAUUAGACUGCCAUUCUCAUCAGCCUUCACUGCGUUGGUGUGUAUGUGAUGAAGACUUUUAAAAUUAUAAUUAAUUUUUGUUUUAAAACUGGAGCAUGCACUUAUUUUCAGAAACUUAGACUUGCCCCUAGCAGAUGACUUACCAAAGGUAACACUCACAAGUGGGUAGAUGGCAGAUGUAGCAAAAACUUAAAAUGGAUAUUCAGCAAUCAUUAGUUGGGUCAUUUAGAAUAGGAAUAACCCUUAAAAGCCUUUAGUUGCUCUCCAUUUUUACUGGUAAGGACGAUACCUCAUAAGCUGGAUCACAUUUUCUUCACCCCACCUCUUUUUUUUUUUGCUGAGGGUUUCCUAUUUGGUUAGGCCUUGUAGUGUUAUGUAAAUGUAUGCUGCAAUAGCUUUUGCUGCUAUUAAGAUGGUAUUACUAAUACCACAAUACUCUACUCAAGGUAGGGUAUCUAUCACCUGAAAAUAUGAUUAUGUGAUUUAAAACCGUGAUGGCUGCUGAAAGGAGAUCUGUAUAACAUUCAGAAAGCUUCCAAGGAAGGUCAAUAGUUUUGACUGCAUGUUUACUUAAAUCAGGUUGCUGCAUGCAAUAAUUUUUUUUAUAUAUGUCUAAUAUAAAAAUCUGCCCACAAUGCACCAAUUAAGAAUCUAUAUAGACUACAAAGUACUUGUAAUUUAAAAAAUCACACACAAACAGACGCACCACAUACAAAUUACUGACUGGAGGAAGGCAUGCCUCAGUAAAUGUAAAUGCUUCUGAAAUUAGGAUCAGCCCAUUGCAGUAUGGCCUAUAUUACAACAAAUAUUUUUUAAGAAACUAGAUGUAAAAUAUCCUUACAACAAAUUUCUGAAUGAUAGAUGAAGUACUUUGCGGUGCUCUGUUAUAUAUUGUGCAAUUUAUUUUAUAUAGUAAAAGUGAUUAUGUCUAGUCUGUGAUCGAACUUUAACUGUUUAAGCCUCUAAUAUUUAACAUUCACACACUUUUGAAAGUUCAACAGAUACAAAUACAUAUGCACAGUCACAAAAUUUUGAGCUCUUAAUUCCAAUCUCGUGAAUGCUUGCACCAUUUAUGCAGCUGCAGCCCUUGCCCAGAAAACCAAAGAGCUCAUAACAGCAAUGUACACUACCAACUUAACUAGUAGGUUGAUAAACUAGGCACAUUUUAUGGAAGAUGGGGAAAAGGUGGUGCUAAAGAAAUGUCUGCAUACAAACGUUAACUUGCAAGUUGUCUACUCUCUGGGUGUGACACUUAAUUUCUUGAACCCUGGAUGUAUCCUGUGAAGCUUGAAUAUAUUUGAGAUCUACUUUAUAGUGGUGGACAUUUUUUUAGCAUUUAUUAUGGGGCUGCAAGACAAACACAAACACACACUAGUGUGCUAACUAUGAGAAUGUGUACACUAUUCCUCUGGGUUAUUUGUUGGUUCCCCUCUCCACACCCCCACCCCUGUUCUUGGAGUCCUGGGGACAAUCUGACUGGAUAUGUACCGCAUAGUAGAUUUAAAUGUUCGGGGGUUUGUGUGUAGUGAUGGCCUUGUUAAUGUCUAACUUUGUACAUUUUUCUUUUACUGUUUAGUUGCAGUUACUGGUUCUGAAAGAAACUUUAUGUUUUUUACUGGUUAAAAGAAGUCAUUCUUCGUAUUCCUUCACAGUUUCUUCUGGGCAUAUUUGUGAUAUUGCUUUAUCCAGCCCAGGGUUUUCUUUUCUUUUCUUUCAUCUAUACAAGAUUUGUUAUGCACUACUUUUUGUAUCUAGACAGUUUUCAAUAGUUGGCAGAUUAUUCUUUUGUAAAAGAAAAAGGCAUGCUUUCUGACUGACAUGAUCUUUUGCAAUACCUCAAUUUUGAAAUAUAGGAAAGAAAAUAUUUUCUAAGUAAGUUUAUUCAGAAAAAUAUAUAUUAAUUUAAUUCUGCGAGAAAAUGAUUUAACAGAUGGGUAACUUUAUUUUUUUCAUGCUUAUUUGCGUUUUUGAAAAUGAAGAAGUUAGAGCUUUAUAACUGUAAUAUUGAAGAUCAUAGCUAACCUACAGAAGUCUACCUAAUUAUGUGAAACAAUAAUAUACAUUUUUGAAGAAAUUUUCUUCUUUCAUGUACAAACAUACCCUGGAAAGAAAGGAGGAAAAGAGCAAGAAAAAGAUGCUGGAAGUUAUAUAAGUAGUAAUUUAAAAAAUACAGCAAUGAAAGGUGUAAGACAAACUGCAUUUGGUGCUGGAAGUUUUGAAUAGAAGGUGAAGAAUAUUUUCCCUUAAUUUGUAUAUUUAUAAUCAAGCGAUUAUGCACGACUGACCAGAAUUGUGAGAGUUCUUCUGUUUGUAUUUUUUUAAAGAUACUUUUUUAGUUUAUUAAAUUAUAACAUGGUCCCUUUUUGUUUUGUAAAUGAAUGUGCCCCUAAGUUGUUAAUAUGUUAUUAUGAGAGGGUCCUUCAAGAAAAGAAGUUAUUUUUUAAAAUAAGGUGUUCUGUACUGCAACUUGACUAAGAAGCCCCUGGGUACAACAGGUCCUCUUGCGGCCUUCUCUUGAUGCGAGACUUGAACUAGUCGUUUUUUGAAGGCAACUUAACCUCGACUAUUUGUUGUUAUGUGCAAUACUGUUUGUACUGUUUGUAUAAAAAAAGAAAAAAGAAAAGAAAAAAGGCAUAAAUCUUUAUUGCAGAUUUAUUUUCAUUGCAAACUUUAGACAUUGUGAUUCACUAAGAUCAUUUUUCUACUGUCAGAUAUGUACCUUUUCUUCAUGCUGGUAUUUUUUCAAUAGUAAUGUAGCCUUUGUACUGAGACAAAUUUUCAUUGUUAUUUUUAGAAAGAUUUUUUGCUAAGAGAAAUUUAAACAUUGACAUAUUUUUCAUUUUUAUUUCAAAUUUUCUUUAAGGAGUGCUUUCUCAACCAUUAAUAUAGUUGUUUCUGGGAGAGACUUUCAUAUCUGGUCAAUGUCAUUAAUAUUAUUUUGUAUUUUUACUUGGAAUAAAUUAAUUUUUUGAUGCUAAUUCUUUAAAAGUUUAUUUUUUUCAUUUUCAGUUAUUUUUGAAGCUAAAAAACCUUUGUAAUAUUGUUACUAAAAGUGUCUAGUUUUUUGAAAUGCAAAGCUUUAUGUAUUAACUUGCUGAUGUGGUUUACAAUGGUGUGAAAAUGGUUGGAUAUGUAAAAAUAUUGAAAAACUGUAAUGAAUAAUUGGGCAAUAAAAUUACAGAAUGAAGCAGGAAAAUGAUGUGAUAUUUUUGAGAAGCCUUUUUCCUUUAUCAGAAUGAUUUAGGAAGAUAAUAGGGAUGUCACAGUACCAGUUCGCUGUCUAGAUUUAUACAACACCAAUGCUGAUAAGCACUAUUGCUGUUGUAAUUAACUCCAAUUUACAGAAAUAACAGGGUUACAGCCAUGGCUGUUCAACGUAACACUAAUUUGCUCCUUCCCCCCAUUAGCAUAGGCACAUUCAGCACUACUGCUGCAUAAUAGGGCACAAAUGCUGAAAAUAAAUAAACGGAUGCUUGUGUAGCAACCGUUAAUACUUUAUAUCUGAGCACUUUUUUCAAGCUUCUUGUAUAUUUCUCCCAUCAUGUUAGCCCUUUUUUAAUCAUAGGUGCAACAUCUGUUGCUGCUAUCAAAACACUGCUUCACUUUAUGUAGUUCAUCUCCACUUUUGCCUAUCUAAUCCUUACCUUUUUGCUGCUAUCCUGGCAGAAUUUUUGUGCUGAAGCUAGAGAUACUAUUAUCCACCCCUUAUGAUCCUGCAGACCAAGAUGGUGUUACAUAAACACAACAUACAAUGGCCUUCCCUAGACGUGUCAGUUGUCAGUUUUGAUCUAUUCUUAUGCUGGCUUCUAGUUAAGGGAGGCAAUUUAUUGAUCUCUUAUAGAAAUGUCUAGAGUUGGCCCAUUGUGGCCUUUUUGUAAGUAACAUAUAGGAAAAAUCAAAUAGUGAGUAAAAUUUAGACUCUAAUUAGGUACUACUGGAUGGGAUGUAUACAAAUUGUGGAAGUAAAAUAGAAAUCAAGAAGAAAUGUCUAUAUUUCCUGCAAAGUGGUACAAAGUGUGUGCUUAGAUUCUGCCUACACACUUGCCUUUUAGGAAGGCAGGGGCUAAAAGAAAAUUAUAUUACAAAAUAUGCAGUUAGCAAAUUAACUUUGCUGAUUUCACUAUCUUUGUUUUAGAGUAGUACACAAAGUAUAGUGCUUUACUGGGGGAAAUCCUCAAGUUAAUAUUUCAGUAUUGUGACAUCUCUACUUGCAAGAUAUGAGUGAAAGAUUAGUCACAGAUUUGUAAAAAAAUAAAGUCUUUUGUUAAACCUGGCUUGUAUGUAGUUGCUUUUUACACCAGUUUGUAUAAUGUCCGCUUAACUUUUUUUUAACCUGAAAACUUUUCUUUUCAAUCUCUGCUGCUGUAGUGUUUUUGUCUUACCACAGAGUAUUUUAUAUUCAUGCUGAUGAUUUGCUCUAUACUCCAAAUGGGUAGCAGAUCAGGAGCUUGUUAUGUCAUUCUGCACAUUUUAAAUUUUCCUAAUAAUAACAUUAGCAACAAAUAGAUAUCCAGGGUGCUAAUACGAGAUAAUAAUUUCUGCUAUCUUUUUUUUCUGGAUGUAAUUCUGUUUGGGUAUAAAGUACUAGGUAUUUGUAAUUUUGCUGUCAAAAUAAUGGACAUAACUCUUAGAGUGGUCACAGCUAAAAUCUCUGUACUUGUUUUUUCAACUAAUUUUAAAUGUACCAUAUAUUUUACUACAUGUUCUCUUAGACUGGUUUUGCUAGUAACCCUAAAAGGCUUUUACCUUUUUUGGGGGGGGGGGCUUGGACUAAUGCUUUGUAUAGAACUGCAGUACUGUGACUAAACAUGGAGCUCAAUGCUGCUAUUGCUUACAACUGCUUCAACUUUGUAGUU